CAAAGCGAGACAUCAAAAUCUCACCCUCUUUUAGAAUUAUAUACCGAAUCCAUUUAUCAUUCUAUGGAGAAAGCUCUAUACGCUCUCGAAUAAAGAUGUUUUUGAAGGAGUUUUGACUCAAGCCAAUUUGGUGUUCCGAUGUUUUUCGUCCUGAUAAGGCGCGACCGAUUUGGUUAACAACUACAAUGGGGAGGAUAAUCUGCUAUUGAGAAAUGACAUGGGGCUGUGGAUUUGAGAGGGAGUCACAUGCAGAAUUGGCUGAAUCACAGGUUUUGAGGCUGCAUAGGACCAAUGAGCUAACAUAUAUCUACUAGGUCUGCAUGUACCCCGCUUGCCCAAAGAUUGUGUUGACCAUCCGUCAGCACUCUGAAUUAACAUCAUUCAAAACAACCAACUUCAAGAUCCGCCGAAGUAGCUCAAUGGCGUGCAUGAAUUUUGGCCAUCCAAAUUAGCUUCCAACCUCGAAAAGCAGCUUCAUCAUGGAUUCCAAACGCCGAUUUUUCAAGGGCCUGUGGAGAGGAACAGGAAAAAAACAAACCAAUGAUUCGAUUGGCAAUGGCGAGCCUGCUCCAAAGAUAGAAACCCCCAAACGAACCAUCGCUAGGUUGAUAUCCACAACACUAGAUAGUACACCACAACCUCUGUAUCGUUUUUCUCCACGAUCCACAACACCCACUUCAAUCAGCCAGACGCAGAUCUCAAAAUCUGGAGAAACACUUUGGAGUCGGGCGUACACGUCCUUAUUGAAGAAUAGUCCUGAUCUGAUGGAAACAUACGAAGCAUUGCUUCUCGAUACCAAUCUUACUACUUUAGACAAACAAGAGCAAAUAGCGACCAUGGUUCAAAAGAAACUGGAAAUUCUGGAAUCAAAGCAAUGGACCAUCAAGAUCUCCGGAAAGUCACUCAAAGUCAAGGAUCGGGUGAAAAGAAUUAUGGAAGCUUUUAAGAAGGUCAAAGAAUUCGGGGCAGCUCUUGCGAGUAUUGAUCCAAUACAUGCCGGUUUGCCUUGGGCUGGUGUAUCCUUUUUACUUAGUCUUGUUUCAAAUGAUUUCGAACAAAAUGAAGCACUUCUCGAGGGAUUAGAAAAACUGUCAGAUAUCAUAGCUCGAUACACCGAAGUAGAGAGUGUUUAUCUGAAUACUGCCGUCGCAGGAGAUGUCGAUAUACAGCUUGAGUUGAGGGUCAUCAAGCUGUAUGCUUGUAUUCUCAAGUUUCAGGCGACAGCAGCAUGCUACCUUUCUUAUUCUACGCUUAAAAGGCUAAUGCGCAAUUUACCCAAGUUGGAUGAUUGGAGCAAACUUCUCACCGAAGUCACUUCGGAAGACGAAAAUUGCUACAGAUGGGUUCCUACAGGUCGCAAGAUCCCUCAUUUCAUAGGCCGAGGAGAGGUGCUAGCAAGGAUUGAUUCUGCGCAUUCGAGAAGCUCUUCUUCAAAGGCAGGGAUCGUGGUUUUGCGCGGCCUAGGAGGACAAGGUAAGACACAAAUCGCGCUUGAAUACUGCCAUAUCUCGAGAAACAAGUUCAAGGCCGUGUUUUGGGUCGAUAUGAGCUCUGAGAGUUCGGCUAUCCGGAGUUUUGAAACAAUCUAUUCUAAGAUCAAGGGGCCUGGAAACGACUGUGGUAGUGGUGACACGAAACUAGAAGUCGUCAAAAAUACCAUUCGUACGUGGAAUUUCAAGUGGCUGAUUACUUUUGACAAUUACGAUACGCCUGAUAAAUUUUCUCUUGAAGACUACAUACCACACAGUGUCUAUGGAUCAGUUUUGGUGACUACAAGGCACAAGGAUGUUGACGCCUUAGUGGAAGACACCGCCGCAGCCAUUGAGCUGUUGGGUCUGCCCGACAAAGAAGCUCUGCAGCUCUUGUAUAAACAGAGCGGCGUAGAAGAAAAUGAAGUCAACAAAAUGAAUGGGUUGAAUAUUGUGGAGAGGCUUGGAUAUCAUGCGCUCGCUGUUACUCAAGCUGCGACAUAUAUCAAAAGUUUGAAGCUUAACUUUUCAAGCUUUGAAUCUCAUUAUUCUCGACGUCGGGAAGCGAUUUUGAAGUACAAGAUUCCUAUGAACAAGUACACGAAGCUUUUAAGCGAUUUUGAGAAAGAAGCGGCCUUCAAUGUGUUUACCACCUGGGAGCUGUCCUUUGACGAACUCAAAGCUCAACACAAUUCGGCAGAUCUCGAGCAACUCCUUACAAUUCUUGCAUUCUUCGAUCCUCGUGAUAUCUCCGAGGAGCUUUUCUCUUCAUAUAUGAGUCAAGAAUUUUGGUGGAGUUAUAAAUAUCCAGGUUUUGCCUUCAGCCAGAGAGAAGCGGGUGUAUGGGAUAGAGAUGCAUUUGCCGAUGCAUUGCAGAUUUUAGAGAGCCUGUCUCUCAUACAAAGCUUUUAUGCUUCUACCAAUGGCGAAUACCAUAUAUCUCUUCAUCCUCUGGUCAAGGAUUGGAUUCGGCUUCGAACCAAAGAAUCACUCUGUGAGGAGUACACUGUCUUGGUAGCUGAAAUGAUUGCCGGUCAGGCAGUGACAAAUUUCCUGGAUAUGGAUCUCGUUCACAUCAGUGCACAUGAAGAGAACAUCGUAUAUAUUACUACACCAAAUGUCGUCGAAAGCUCCUAUGAUGAGUCCUCGAAUAAGCGAUCUAUGUAUGAAAUUUUUUACUUGAGUGAAUGUAUAAUGUGCUCAAAUCUUAAGUUGAUGGAUUAUUCUGAGAAAGCAAAAGUCAUAGGUGGACGCUUGUUUGAGCGACAAAAGAAAUUCCACUGGGAAGACACUUGGCAGAGUUCGUUCAAUGUCAAGGAGAAAAUACAAGGUAUUUUGAGCAAGCUAGGCAUGACAGAAGAAGCAUUGUCAAUCAGUACACAGCUUUACACACUACACUCUAGAAUGUAUGGAGAAGAACAUAGGAAAACUAUUCAUAGUAUAGAGUUACUUAGUCGAAGACUCAAAGAAUUUGGCGAGCUUGAAAGAGCCUUGAGGCUACAGCGUAAGGUUCUUGAGUACAACAAAGAGAAUAGAAGCGAUGAUGAUCCCAUAGUCGUAAAAUCUCUAUUUGAAGUAGUGGAAACACUCAUGGAACUCGGCAUCACUGAUGAAGCAGAACAGCUGUAUAGGAAGGUGAUUGACCUGCAGGUGAAACUCUCAGGAGAAGCCCAUGCUGCGACCUUGAACAGCAAGAUAAAGUUAGCAGAACUUCUGGAAAAAACGACCCAGACGGAAGAAGCAAAUAGGCUAUGCACAGAAAUCUUAAGCCUCAUGAAUAGCUGGGCUAUUCUCAGCAGCGACGCCUUCAGUUUAAUGUUCGACCUGAGAUCCAUACUUCGAAAUCUCUAUAGAUGGGAAGAUAGUCUGGCUUUAAGUCAACAUGCAUUGAAGCUGGUAGAGCAAUACCAUAGCAGGGAAACUUUAAGCCUCAUUUUUGCAACGAAAGCGGUUGCCUAUGCUUUUCAGGACUUGAAUAGAUUCGAUGAGGCUGAACAAGUUUUCAAAAGACUUUGGCUGCUGUGUACAGGGAAUCUGAAGGGUUAUCAAUCGCUUUUUCUAGAAUCACAGAUAGGUUAUGCCAAGAUGUUGAGGUAUCUUGGGAAAAGGGAGAAAGCAAAGGAACUGGGCAGGGAUGCAUUGCAAAGGUUGAAAAAAUCGCGUGGGGAGGAAAGCAUAGAGGUUCGGAAGUUGAACGAGGCCCCGAAAUUCAGCUGGCUACGCCAAACUAGUAAAAUCUUACAAGACUUGGAUGCUUAUUAUGAGCAGGCUCUUGGGGGCCGUGAUGAUGUUACGGAUGAGGAGAGGUAUGCGGCGUGGAGAGCCUGGAAGGUGAAGGUGGGUGAAGAAGUAGUAAAUAGAUUGAAUAUGGAGAUUAAUAAGACUAGUGAGGGGUAGGAUUAUGGGUCAGAAUCGGAAGAGGAAGAUGGAGACGAAGAGGAGAGGUAUACGGCGUGAAAAGCCUGGAGGGUGAAGCGUCGGGUGAGGAGAUGGUGAGAAGAGUUCAUAUAAGAAAUGCUGGGAUUAGUGAGGGGUCAGGACACGGAUCGGAAUCGAAAUUGGUGGAGCAAAGAUGAGAUAGGGUACGUGCUAGGCAAGAUUUGUGAUGUUCUCCAAAGAGAAUAGAAGGAGGCGAAGGGACACCGACUAUAAAGGAUGUGGAUGCCUAAGGCAUCUAUGUAAGUACGCUACGAAUUCAUUACAACUAUUAUAGUAUAAUUUGAGCCAACCUAAUCACUCGUUGCA